AUGGCUUCUCGUCGCAGGAGAAAGAGGGCUGCGUACUGCGCCAGCCGGAGAAGGGCUUCUCCAGAUAUCUGGACACAACUAGGCGUGUUGGUCACCGAGGAGCGCAGAAAUGAGAUCACCAAUAACAUAAUACUGGAACUGUAUUAUCAGAAUUUUCUUCAUAAAGAUCUUCGAUACAAGGCGACGCAGAAACAGGUCCACACUAUCAUCAGGAAUCAGGUUAGGCUACGUUAUAGUGAGUUCCAAGGCCUACUGCAGCAAAGGCCAGAAGAAACAGUGGCUCUCUUUCGACGGUUGGUGGGGGAUACCGAAGAAAUACCCGAAACCUCCAACAACGCGGAUGCUACUACCAAAACUCCCGCUACUCCAGAAAGGUGUGUCGUUGUUGAAAACCCCCCAGUUAAGCGUGAAUCCAAUUCCAGCGAAGAGAGAGCGGCGGAGGCCAUAAUAGAUUUGGAGUCUGAAACAUCGGACGGCAUCUAG